AUGCCAAAAGAAGAUAAUGAGCUUCAAAAUGCAAUCGAGGGUGAUCAAAAUCAACUAUCCAAUUACGAAAAAGACCAUACUGUUGACAAAGCUAAUACUAUAGAUGACUGUCCACUAUAUGAAACAAGCACAAGUCAACAGUCAACUAGUGUGGACGUUGACGAUGGGAAGCAUUUACUGUAUCCAAAUAUUGCCACCUAUUUACCUUUGAAGACUUCCGACAGGCUUUUGGACGAUAUACUUUGUGAUACCGCUUUUCUUAAUUCGACAGAUCCACGUGUAAUAGAAAUGGGUCUGAAAACCUCCGGUAUUUUAAAGAAGUCUAUGCUUUCCUACUCGAACUUUAGAAGCGGAAUCCGUCCAAAUGCAUUAGGCUCUUUAACUGAUCAAGUGGUCCUUCAAACCAAAACUGAAUACGAUUCUAUCUCGUGCCCACAAUACAACAAGAUACAAGUCUUACAGGCCGUCAUUUUGAAUCCUUCAUUAACCGAACAGCAAAUUGCAGGUUUUGAUGAUAUUGUUAAAAUUCCCAUUUAUCAUCUGAAAGUCACUGUGAAGAUUCGUCAAGAAUUGGAACGGUUGAAAAAGCACGUGGGUGUUACUCAAUUUCACGCACUCGACCGUUUGCAUGAACAUGACUUAGUAGAUUUGCCAACUUUUGAUUCUUCUGACCCAAAUUUAAAGGAUUAUGGUAUCUAUGUUUCCGAUGACACGAAUAAACUGAUCUUAGUUGAAAUCUUCAACCCAGAAUUUAAUUCACCUGAAGAACGCGACAGCUUUACAACUGCCGCCAUUCAAAAAAGAUACAAUGAUUUGUGUCUAGAAAACGAAUCAUUGAACGAGAAUGAAAUACCAUCCCAGCCUGAUUGCUUCUACACACUCUUUAAAAUAUUCAAAGGACCACUGGCAAGGAGAAGUACUGCUGAACCUAUAAAGACUAUUGACUCAGGAAAUUUAGUUUUAAACACACACUUGAAUCCUGAGUGGUUAACAUCGAAAUAUGGAUUUCAAGCCAGCUCAGAAAUUGAUGAAGAAACAAACGAAUCAUUUACUGAAUAUGUUCCUCCUGAUAUGGUGGAUUAUGUAGGUGAUUGGAAGAUCAGGAAAAUUCGUGAAUCAUAUGUGAGAAAGUGUUUACAACUUAUAUUCUGGGGUCAAUUAUCCGCUUCGUUAUUGGCGCCGAAUUCCCUUUUGAAAAACACCAAAAGUGUCAAGGGAUUAUCUUCUAUACAAACUUCUUUUUCUAUAUUACCGUGGUUUCAAUUGUUAGGAGAAUCAAGAGCAAGAAUUUUACUAAAUUUUAACGAACAGGCUCAUUCGCCCCUGGACGCAGAACCACAUUUUAUUAAUCUUUCCGUUUCACAUUAUUAUACUGAUAGAGACAUAAUCAGAAACUAUGAAGCGUUAUCCUCUUUAGAUCCUGAGAACAUUGGAUUAUAUUUUGACGCAUUGACUUAUAUUGCAAAUAGGAAGGGCGCCUAUCAAAUAAUUGCUUAUUGUGGAAAACAAGACAUUAUUGGUCAGGAAGCUUUGGAGAACGCUUUGAUGGUUUUCAAAAUUGACCCAAAGGAGUACAAUAUCGCCGAGUUAAAUGAAGCGACUUUACUGUCUAUAUAUAAAUUUGAAACUUCUAACAAGAACAAAGCAACUUCCAAUCAUCUAACAAAUUUGAAAAAUGCUCUUAGACUGCUGGCAAAAUAUACUAAAUCCAACAAAUUAAAGUUUUACGUCGACCAUGAGCCAUACAGAGCCUUAUCUCAAGCAUACGACACACUUGCAAUUGAUGAAUCAGUUGAUGAAGAUAUUAUAAAAACUGCAUAUUCAAUUAAGAUUAAUGAUUCACCAGGACUGAAGUUGGAUUGCGACAGAGCGCUUUACACAAUUGCGAUCAGUAAAAGAAGCCUCGACUUAUUCAAUUUUUUAACAGAUGAAUGUCCACAAUUUUUAAAUUAUUAUGGUCCAGAAAAACUUGAUUAUCAAGAGGCAUUAAAGCUUUUGCAAGUCAACGAAAAUGCUUCUGACGAAACAAUACUGAAAAUUUUCAAAGGGAAGUGGUUUGACGAAAAUGUUUAUGAGCCGGACCAAUUUCUUAUUUUGAAGGCAGCGUUGACUAAAAUCAGUAUAGAAAGAAAUUCAAAUCUAAUCACCAAUUUCCUACUAACUGGUACAGUAGAUCCAAAUUCUUUGCCUCCAGAAAACUGGCCAACGGGUAUUAAUAACAUUGGAAAUACCUGUUAUUUAAAUUCUUUGCUACAAUACUAUUUCUCUAUUGCGCCCCUAAGAAGUUAUAUAUUGAAUUACCAAAAAACAAUAAACAAUUUUAAUGACCAUCUUUCUAAUAGUGGCCAUGUUCGAAGAAUUGGUGGAAGGGAAAUCAGUGAAAGCGAAGUAGAAAGAUCUAUUCAAUUCAUACAUCAACUUCGCAAUCUUUUCUAUGCAAUGGUGCAUUCACAGCAAAGAUGCGUAACUCCGUCAAAAGAACUGGCCUAUCUAGCCUUUGCCCCAAGUAAUGUCGAAGUAGAGUUUGAAGUGGAAGAUAAAAAAGAAAGCAAAGGCACCACAAAUUUGAAAGAGGAAGAACCGCGAGGUGCAAACGUUAUAACCGAACAAAAUCCGAAUUUAAUUGAUUUGGAAGUGGAUGAAAACCUUAACGGUGAUGUCGAAAAACAUCAGAACAAUGAUGAAAAAGCCGAAUCGAAUGAUGAUGAAAUAGUUAUGAGCGACGAUGCCCCAGAUUUGGCUUCACCUACGCGUGUGGCAAAAAUUAGCUCAGAUCAAUUGGAGAAUGCUUUGGAGAUGGGUAGACAACAAGACGUUACAGAAUGUAUAGGGAAUGUGUUGUUUCAAAUAGAAAGUGGUUCAGAGCCUAUUAGAUAUGAUGAAGACAAUGAGCAAUAUGACUUAAUCAAGCAGCUAUUUUAUGGUACUACCAAACAAUGUAUUGUUCCGUUAUCUGCAACAGAUAAAGUCCGUACAAAAGUUGAAAGGUUCCUCUCGUUAUUGGUAAAUAUUGGUGAUCAUCCUAAGGAUAUUUAUGACGCAUUUGAUUCUUAUUUUAAGGAUGAAUAUUUGACAAUGGAAGAGUACGGGGAUGUCAAACGUACAGUCGCCGUGACGACUUUUCCUACUAUUUUGCAAGUGCAAAUUCAAAGAGUUUAUUACGAUCGUGAGAGGUUCAUGCCAUUUAAAUCUAUCGAGCCCUUGCCGUUCAAGGAAGUUAUUUACAUGGACAGAUACGCUGAUACAGAUAACCUUACUUUGUUAGCCAAAAAAGAAGAAACAGAACAAUUAAAGCAAAAAUUGAAUGAUAUGAAAAACAGACAAAGGGAACUGUUGAAUCGUGAUGGAUCAGGAUUAACAAGAAAGGAUGCAUUCUUAGAAACCGUUAAAUUAUUAGAAUCAAGUAUUGUCGAAAACACGGUUUUGAAUACCGAAGAUAAGAAAAACGUGAUAAAGACGUUGAAAAACAAGGUUACUAAUAUUGACAAUGAAUUGAUGAGUUUAUACAAUGAUAUAAACAGUUUGGAGGAUAAAAUAAGCCAUCAAUUUGACGAUUUCAAGGAAUACGGAUACUCGCUAUUUUCCGUUUUCAUUCAUCGAGGCGAGGCCAGUUAUGGUCAUUACUGGAUAUAUAUUAAGGACCGAAACCAGAACGGUGUUUGGAGAAAAUACAAUGACGAAACCAUCAGUGAAGUUCCAGAAGAGGAAGUUUUUAAUUUCAACGAAGGCAAUACCGCGACUCCUUAUUUCCUGGUAUAUGUCAAGCAAGGACAAGAAGCUGACAUUGAGCCUUUGAAAAGAAUCUUGGAGUAG